AAAACCUCAUUGCAACAUACCAUUGAUUACACUAAAAUUUACCUACAGUAGAUAAGUGAUUGCAUGACGUUCAUUAUUUAGAUCAACAAUUAGACACUCUAUGCAAGUUAGGACGUUAAACCAUGCAUGAAAAUACCCAGGUAUUUAGAUCCUCUAGUGUGAAACAAUUUACAAAAUAUUGCUGCGUAGUUUAACGUACAGAAAUAUGGAGUCGACACAAGAAUGCCAAAUAGCCGUUGUUUGUGAAUACUGUGAGGAAAAUAAUGUGGAUUUCUCUUGUAGUUGCGGCAAAAAAAUCUGUGAGAAAUGCCUGGGGAAACAUAAAAAGAAUUAUCCCGACCAUUUUGACUCCCCAUACCAAGGGAUAAAAGCAUUGCCAAGUAUAGUAUGUGAUAAACAUAUUAGACAUAUCUGCGAUUUAUUCUGUAAUACUUGCUGUGUACCGAUCUGUAUUGUUUGCUCCCAAACUGAACAUAAAGAACAUUUUUCCUUAUAUAUGGAAGAUCGUUUGAAGGCUCAGAGAACGUUGAUUGAAAAGGAACUUCUGAAACUCGAAAUAGAAUUUAAAAGUACUUACAUGAAACUUGCAAGUGACAAUGAACAAAAAAUAUCCACAAUUCCUGAAAAAUAUGCAGCCAUUAGAAAAGAUGUGGAAAUUGCUGGAUUAACCCUGAAGAAUAAAGUGGAGGAGACGGUCAAGAAACUAACAAUGCAAAUCGAAGCUAUGGAAAUGGAACAUCUGGACUAUUUAAGAGAUAACAAAACGAAUCUAGAGAAAGUCAUUGAAGAUAUCGAAGAAUGUAAAUCUCAGCUUUCCUUGCAAAUUGCCGACCCUAAAAAGCUAGCUAUGUACGAAGCUACGUCAUAUUCAUUUGAAAACUUUUCGGAACUUUUUGAAAAAACGCUACCUGUUUUCCAACGAUCUGAGUCGGAAUUCAACUGUUUAGAGUUCUUAGGAACUUUGAUUCCAUCCAACAAGGUCAUAGUAUCGAAUCUUCAAAAACAAGCGCCUUACAGAGAAUUGGAAAAACUGCUUGAGGAUACUAGACACGUACAGACUAUUGCUACAGUUUAUGGAUAUAUAUUUGAUCUUUCGUAUACACGUCAAGAUCAAAUCCUUGUUUGUGGUUCUUACAGAAUCCAAAAGAGUUUCACAAUUCGUGCCUUGGAUUUCGAUGGGAAAGAAGUAAUGUCACUCCCCAUUCAAAAACAACCAAACUACAUCACACAAGCUUACGAUGAAACGAUUUUUUACACCUCAGAAAGCCAACAGGGUGUACAAAGAGUUAAAAAUGGAACUAUUGAGACAAUAACCUCAGAUAAUUCUUGGAAGGCAAGGGGCCUUUCCUGCUGUUCUGAUGAUAUAAUCGUAGCUGAGCAUAACGAAAUGACAAAACUUGGUCGAUUGAGUGUCUAUUCAUCAGAUGGUGAGAGGAGGAAAAUCAUUUGUAUCAGUGGCUCACAUCAUAAACUCAAAAAUCCCACAUAUGUUUGUGUCAAUAGUAAUUCAGAUAUCUGCACCUCGGAUGAAGUAAAACAAACGGUUUUUGUUUUCAUUUCAUCGGGUGAUUUGAAAUUUAUGUAUAAAGGGAAAAAGGGAUAUAAGUCUUUCACGCCUCGAGGCCUAGCUACAGAUUGCUUGGGUAACAUCCUUAUUGCUGACUAUAUUAAUCAUGCAAUACAUGUCAUUGAUUCUGAAGGAAAUUUUUUGAGAUAUGUUUUGAAAGACAUUAACUUCCCUACUGCUUUGGCAAUUGAUGACAGAAGAAGACUCUUAGUGGGACAAUAUCUAGACGCCAGCAUUCAAGUAGUGGAGUAUUUAAAACCUUCAUAAUACUCAAGAAUAGCGAAAAUAACGUUGAA